AUGACCGGAUCCUCGCUGGCGUCGUCGCUACUGGUGCGCCACCUGCUCAGACCACCACUGCCACUUUUAAGACGACUCGUACACGCCUCUGCACCUUCCUUUGCCCAGCGACUGGUCAGACGAAGGGCCCCCGUCGUCGUUCGUCGCCAUGUCCCAGCGCCAACCUCCGGAGCUGCCGCUGCCGCCGGGCUUGCGAAGCCUCGCAACGACGAAGGUACAAACAAGGCGCUCGUCCAGAACGAGCAGCAGCAGGACAAUACAGCAACCACACGGUCCGUGAUCGAGCAAGAAACAUCCCAUUCACCCGAACUACCACCCGCUUCGCGCCUCCCCGUCGAGGUCCCCCACGAUCCGCACGGCGUUAUUGAUCGGUCGCAAUCGCUCGCGUCGGAGAAGGUACGACAAUUGUUCGCCGUCCCCGCCAUCGUCGUAUCGCGACAGCUCGAGAUUAUGUCCAUCAUGGUCGGCUACGAGCAAGCCAACAGGUACCAGCUGCAGUCCCCCGAAGGCGAGGUGCUCGGUUAUCUCCUCGAGGAGGAUCUCGGUAUUGGCAAGGCCAUCACCCGCCAGAUGCUCAAGACUCACCGACCCUUCAAGGCGACCGUACUCGACACGGAAGGGAACGUCAUCCUCGUCGUCUCGAGGCCUUUCACCUGGAUCAACUCCAAGAUCACCGUCUCUCUCCCGGACGACUCGGAUCCGGACGCAGCAGGCUCCACGUCGAAGGUCAUUGGUGAAGCUCAGCAAGAGUGGCACCUGUACCGAAGGAGGUACAACAUGUUUGUCAACCGAGACGAGGAAGGGAUGGACCAGUUUGGCAGGAUCGAUGCCGGUCUCUUGGCCUGGGAUUUCACCGUUUUGAAUGAAGAGAGUCGUCCCAUUGGGUCCAUCAAUAGGUGCGCUACAGUUCGUGCCCACCAGUUGUCGCAUAACAAAACUGACUGGGUGCUGUGAGGCGUCGUGCAUAGGAACUUCCAAGGGUUCGCCAAAGAGAUCUUUGCCGAUGCUGGGCAGUAUGUUCUGAGGUUCGAAGGAAUCGUCGACGAACUAGCUGCAGCCGGCGCUUUACCGUCGCCGGUCAAUGAAGCCACCCUACCAUCACCUGCAUCGGCUUCAACAACACCAACACCAGCAAAGAUUGCGUCGAAUAAGGAGGCCUCCUCAUCUUCCCAAGGAGACCCGACGUCUCUCGUACCGUCGGAGGAAUUGGAAGAAUCUUCAACCUCUCCAUCCCUCGACCUCGCCUUGCUGCCUCACAUCACUUACGAUCAGCGGGCCGUCAUGUUGGCCUCUGCAAUCUCGUGCGACUUUGACUACUUUUCGCGCCACUCUGGCUCGGGAGGGAUGAUGGGUCCAGGACUGUGGAUGCCGAUGGGCAUGGGUGGGGGAGGAGCGAGUACUGAGGCAGGUACGGAAGCAGGCGCAGAAGCGGGCUCAGAAGCGGGUGGAAUGAGUCCCAAUGCGGAGGAGGAUGAGAGGAUACCUGGAGUGGAGGACUCGGGUGGAGUGAAUCGGGAUAGUGGUGGGUGGAGUGAGCAAGGUUGGGGCGAUGGUGGAGCGGGUGGGGAGGAAACCAUGUCGGAUCCUUGGGCGACACCGCAGGAGGAUGCGGACGGGGGGACGUGGGGUUGGGGUGAUCUGUUUCCUGGAGAAGAUUGA